AUGAAAAAAUAGAAAUAAAGAAAAGGUAGAAGCAUUUCUAAUUCUGACUCAAGUUAAGAGAGAGUGCUUGAUUAAUAGUUCUUUUAGAGGUAGAUCCACAAUAUCCCAAAGAACGAAGACUAAAAUUAUCUAUUAAGAGAAGAUUAAGCUAUAGAAAUAGAAGAUUAAGUGUUCGAAUAGUAGAAAGAUAUUAAAGAAUAAGAAAAUUUUGAUAUAGAUGCUAAGAAAGAAGAAUAUAAAAAUACUAUUUAACUAAAUAUUUUCCCAAGAUAAAAUCAAAUAUAAUUGAAGGACUAUUGUCAAAUUUUGCCAGUAGUUGUCCAGCUAUAAUCUAUAAAGGCCUCAAUUCAAUAAACAAGAGCCAACUUAGAUCUUAUUUGUGUGAUUGAUGUUAGUGGUUCCAUGGAAGGUGAAAAACUCAAAUUAGUUUAAAAUUCUAUUCAAUAUAUUUAAAAAAUUUUACAACCAAAUGAUAGGAUUGCUCUAGUAACUUUUGCUAGUUAGGCUUUUAUUAAUUUGUCAUGGACAAGAAAUAUACCUAAAAAUAAAGAUAAAAUAAAGAAAGCUAUCAACAAUAUGAAAAUUAGAGAUUCUACAAAAAUUGCCUUAGGCUUUGAAUUAGGUUUAAGAAUGAUACGAGAUAGAAAAUAUAAGAAUUAAGUAACAAGCAUGUUUCUCUUAAGUGACGGUGUUGAUGAUGACAAAGGUGCAGAUUUAAGAUGUAAAUCGGCUUUGAUUGAAUAUAAGAUAUAAGAUAUAUUUACAAUUAAUACUUUUGGAUAUGGAGCUGAUCAUGAUCCAAAAGUCAUGAAUAAUAUUUCAAACCUGAAAGGAGGUUAAUUUAUAUUUAUUGAUAACUUUUAAUAAGUAUCUGAACGUUUCAUUUUAGCUAUUAGUGGUAUGUCAUCUAUAAAGGCUUAGAAUGCAGUGUUAAAUUUAAAAUAGCUGAAUGAACAUUUCAAAAUAAAUAAGAUAUUUGGGGAUGAUAUUUUAUGGUAAAAAGUAAAUGAAACAGAAUUUCAAUUGAAUUUAAAUUAUAUCAUUCAGCAAGACCAAAAGGAAUUUGCUUUAGAGAUUGAAAUACCUUAGAAAAAUACAUAAGUUACUGAUAUUGCUGAUAUUUUAUUAGUUACAUUAUAAGGAUUACUAAUUGAAAUUAAUUCAGAAUUUUCAAAGGAAGUUAAACUAACAUUACAAUUUAGUAAUCAGUAAGUUGUAGUUGAACCAAAUUAGUUAGUAGAAGUUAAUUAUUUAAGGGGAAAAGCUGGAGACAUAAUUGGAUAAGCAAAAGAAUAUGCUAAUUAGAGAAAAUAUGAUUAAGCUUAGUAAUUACUGAAUAAAAUGAUUGAUGAAAUAGAAGGAUCAUCUUUUUAAAAUGAAAAACAAUUACUUCUUGUUAUAAAAGAUUUAACAAAAAUAAAAGCCAUUUGUUAACCAAGAUAAUAUGAAAAAGGAGGUGAAGCCUUGAUGUUACAUAAGCAAAAAAAACACAUUAAACGACAAAGAUCUAUAAGUACUAAUUUAUAUUAUAAUAAUAGGUAAUUCUGAGGAAUGGUGUUCUUCAGAAGAAUUAUAAAUGAAAAAUUUAAGAAAUGGAAAGUUAGACUUAAGUAUGAGUCUGAAAUCAAGUGAUUCUGCUUCAUCAAGAAGAAGCUAUUCCUUAAGUUCUGACUCAGAUUAUUCAAGAAGAAAGCCAAACAAAAAUAGAUAAAGAAGAAGAUAUAGAAGUAGGAGUAGAAGUUCCGAUUCAGGAUCACAGAGAAGAAGAAAGCCUCAUAAUUUAAAAAAAAGAAAAUUAAAAAAUCAAAAUGAAUCUAGUUCUGAACCUUUUUCAAAACAUCAAGGAUUUUGGAAAUCCAAUUCUAGAAAAAAAAGUAGGUCAAGAAGUUGA